CGAGAAGAGACUUGAGUAGCGGCCCGGGUCAGUGGGUUCUGAGAGAGUUCGCCGGUACCGGGACUGUAGGACUGUUUAACAGCGAUUUUGGACUGGAAGUCCCGGGAAGGGCUGCAGCGUUGGGCGAUAGGAAAUGGGUUUGUCUGGACAGGAAGACCUCACAACCGCAGAAGAUGACUUCACCAAAUCUCAGAAAGUCAAGGAGGUGAUGGUGCCCCCGGGGGAACACCCGCUCCAGUACAAAUACACCUUCUGGUACUCUAGGAGAACCCCAUCCAGACCUGCAAGUACCCACAACUAUGAACAGAAUAUCCGCCAGUUUGGCACCGUAGCGUCGGUGGAGCAGUUCUGGAGAAUCUACAGCCACAUAGUACGUCCUGGUGAUCUGACAGGCUACAGUGACUUCCAUCUCUUUAAGGACGGCAUCAAACCCAUGUGGGAGGACGAAGCCAAUAAAAAUGGCGGGAAGUGGAUCAUUCGCCUUCGGAAAGGCCUGGCUUCCAGAUUCUGGGAGAACAUCAUCUUGGCCAUGUUAGGGGAGCAGUUUAUGGUCGGGGAAGAGAUCUGCGGGGUGGUCGUAUCAAUCCGCUUCCAGGAGGAUAUCCUGUCUAUCUGGAACAAGACGGCCAACGACCAGUUCAGCACCGUGAGAAUCCGGGACACACUAAGGAGAGUGUUAAAUCUGCCUCCCAAUACCAUAAUGGAAUACAAAACCCACACUGACAGCCUUAAGGAUAACUCCAGCUUCCGUAACACAAAGAUCACGGUAUAGCACUGGGCACGUCCGCCAUAGCCGCGGCCAAAAUGGGACACUGUCUGUGAACUGCUGCGUGACUGGGUUGUUGGUUUUUGUUACUUCCGUGCGUACAGAAGCAAUCGUAGCCCCUCCCCCUGCGCUGCCUCUGUCCGUUAUGUCAUAGAAACUCAAUAAAUUAUACCUAUUUUUUC